AUGCCGAAUUGCCAUCGUAGCCAACUCGCUGGUGAUGGCAGACAGCAUUGCAGACGACAAACGAAACCGAGAGAGACCGACAGACGAACCGAAAGAGACCGACAGAAUAACGAAGAGACCGACAAACGAACCGAAAGAACGACAGACAACCAAAAGAGACCGAAGACCGAAAGAACUGAAAGAAACCGAAAGAGAACACGAACCAGAACGAACCGAAAGAAGAGCCGACAGACGAACCGAAAGAGACCGAAACGAAACCACGAAAGAGACGAGACGAACCGAGAGACCGACAGAAACCGAAAGACCGACGAAACCGAAAGAGACCGACAGACGACCGAAGAGACCGACAGACGAACCGAAAGACUGAAGUUGAUGGGUGGCGCCGUUGGAAGUUCUGUGUACUCUUUCAUGAUCUGUUUCAUCUAUCACACUUGUCUCCAGUGUCACGCCGUCACGACACGCUCCUUACACACGGUCACGCUCAUGAGAGAACGAAGAGAUUCGCAGCCAAUUAAGUACGUCGUCCACCCUCUACGCUAUAAGGAACCCUUGGUACUGCGCCGUUACUCCCUUGAGUUGGAGGAAGACAGAGGAAAAAAGAAAAGGAGAAAGGGGGAGGAAAAUGAGAGAAGAAAGGAAGAGGAGAAAAAAGAAAAAGAAAAGCGGGAAAAGAAAGGCGAA